AUGGCUUCUCUCAGGCAGGAGCAGCUCUACGGGCUCUGCAGCCGGGGCGGCUCCGGCAGGACGCUGCUCCACGUCAAGCUGACGGACACGGCUCUCCGAGCUCUGGAGGCUCACCAGAACCUCAAGGGAACUUUGCCAAAUCAACCAUCCAUUUGUUUCAAAGGAAACCAAGGGUACAUCAAGAUCCCAGCUCCCACAGAGGAGUCGGUGUCUGCUCUUCGCAUCUUCUCCUUCUACUUAUCCAGCGACAGCAAAGACCAGCCUCAGGCUAGCUUUGACUGCAUCCAUCAGUAUGUCUCAAGUGAUGGCCGCGAGCAGCUGGAAGGUCAGGGUGUCAUCCAGGACAAGAUCACCGUGUGUGCCACAGAGGACUCCUACCAGGUGACCCGCGAGAGGAUGUCCCAGGUGGAGAAGGACAGCUGGAGUCGCUCCGCCAUAGAGAUCAAACCUGGAGCCACACAUCCAAGUAAAUGCAUCAAGUUCCACAAGAGGUCAGCUCCUUCUACGCCAGACAGCAGCCUCUUUAAGCAGUCCACCAACAACCAAAGGAACGGCGGACCAGCCACGCCGACCCAGAAGCCCCUGAGGGAACGCAUUAUCCACCUGCUGGCUCUGAAACCCUACAGGAAACCAGAGCUGCUGCUGUGGCUCGACAGAGAGCGAGCCGGACCCAAGGACAAGGUCGAGCUCAGUCCUAUACUGGAGGAGGUGGCUAAAGUGAAUCCCAAAGACAGCAGCUACCUUCUAAGGGACGACUUCUACAAGCACGUGCAGAGGGACUGGCCCGGCUACAGCGAGGAGGAGAGGCAGCUGAUCAGCAGGCUGCUGGCCAGGAAAUUGCAGCCGCAGAUUAGCAAUCAUUUAAGAAGUCUUCAAGCAAACGCGUCGACACCUAAGACCUCAGAGGAUUCGACACUACAUCAGAGCACAGUAAAAAAUCCUACAAUGAAACGCCCUGUGCCUUCUGACUCACUGGAAAGGCUCGCUGCCAAGAGACAAAAACUUGUGGACCAGAGGUUGCACCAACAAACACAUAACAAUGCAACUCCCACCCUCAACCACAGCUUCCACACAAAGACUGAGUUUCAAGGGACAACUAACCAUACUGGUAAACAGAACGCCUCACCGGGGGGCCACAGCAGCUUUCCUGCAGCCCACAAACUGUGUAGCACCUCCGACACACCUGUGUCAGAGCGCAGGGAGCAUGGACCCAAAGGAAGCGACCGCCUGCCACCGCAGGGCGACUCUGACGGCGCUCACCAGCAGCUCUCUACCUGCCAGAACAGAAAGAAGAAGUCUAAAAAGCACAAAGACAAAGAGCGGGAGAGGCUAAAAGACACACAGGGACUUAACUGGUUGGAGACGAGUCCUGAUCUUAAGCAGAAGCCGGAAACACUUGAAAAUCUUACCAUCACACAAACUGUGGCCUCUGAGGAGAAGCCGGAUUAUGUUCUCACCUACAGCCCCAUAAUAAGUUUAGAGCAACGUGAGAGAUACCAGGAAGAUUUCUGCGAGGAGUACGAUGAGUACAAAGACCUCCACUCUCGCAUCGCCACCAUAACUCGCAUGUUUGUUCAGCUAGGGUCCAAGAUCAAGAGCCUGUCCCCGGGCACACCGGACUAUAAGAUCAUGGAAGACCAAAUACUAGAAAAGUACAACAAAUAUCGAAAGAAGUUCCCAGGCUACCGGGAGGAGAAGAAACGCUGCGAGUAUCUCCAUGAAAAACUGUCCUACAUCAAACAGCUCAUCAUAGACUAUGAUGUCUCUCAGGUUAUUUCGUAGCAAACAGGCUUUCUGUCGACUGCGGAGUUUUUUUUAUUGGAGACCCUUCUUUGCAUAAACAUCAGCACACGAAGCAUUUAUACCUGAGGGGGAUAGAAGAGGACUUGUUUCUUCAGGGACCACGAAUGAUGCUGUGAG